AUGGAAGAUGAAAAGCUACCAAAGACCAUUGAAGAUGGCGUCAGCUCUCACUUUGAGCGUGCUCAAGACAUUGAUCCGUCCAUUGAGAAGAGGCAAGUCCCUAAAAUUAAUGGUUUCAUGCAGAAAGAAGCUGACAUGGCGUUUUACUACUUAGAAUCAUCCAAUAUCGGUAAUGCAAAGAUUCUCAAUGCCGACAAGGGCCACGAUUUACUGGAUUCAACACACAUGACCACCAAAGAGUACACCAUUGCCCUCAUGGUCUUUUUGGUGGCAUAUUCCAUCUUCGAGGCGCCGAGCAAUCUCGCCGCAAAGGCCCUCCAGCCUAAUUAUUGGCUAGGCUUCUUGGUCAUUGGCUUCGGAGCCUUCUGCACAGCCAUUGCCGGAGCGAAAAGCUUUGCUAGCACAUCUGCACUUCGAUUCUUCCUUGGUGCUUUUGAGGCUGGUAUAUUUCCUGGAAUGGUCUUCUUCAUGAGUUUCUGGUAUAAAGCAGAGGAGAGAGCGACUCGAAUCGCUUUGUUCCUUUGCAGCGCUACACUGGCUGGUGCCUUUGGCGGUGCUAUCGCCUUUGGUGUUGGACAUCUGGAUGGCAGAGCUGGGCUAGAAGGUUGGCGCUGGCUAUUCAUCGUCGAAGGCGUUCCCUCCAUUGCUCUGGGAAUCUUGACAUUCCUUUUUAUGCCGAGUUAUCCAGAAAAAGCCAACUGGCUUACCGAAGAGGAAAAGGCCAUCCAAGUGCUACGCCUUGGCGUAAACUCGUCCCACGGGGCCGCAAAACUCAACUGGGAAGAUGCAAAAGCAACUCUCAAGGAUGUCAGAUUGUAUGUGCACUAUGUGACUUAUCUGUGCAUCGGUGUCGGCGUCUCAUCUCUCUCGCUCUUUGCCCCUACGAUUGUCGCUGGGCUUGGGUACAAGAACCUUCAGGCCCAGCUUUUCACUAUCCCUCCAUAUGCAGUCGCAUAUGUCGUGACUCUCGUCUUAGCCAUGAUAUCCGAUCGCCAGAGGACAAGAGGCCUUGUGGCUGGCGGAUGCUUUCUUUUUGGCACUGUUGCUUUCAUCAUUCAAGCUUGUUUACCCGGCCAUCUUUUUGCUGCCCGUUAUGCUAUGCUUUGCAUUAGUACCGCCGGUGUCUUUGCAGGUCUGCCUCCACUAUGCGCCUGGAUCUCAGAUAAUGUGCGAACUACCACCGCUGGAUCUCUGGCUACGGGACUUAACAUUGCUUUUACGGGACCUGGUCAGAUCAUAGGUGUUUGGAUCUAUCGAGCGCAAGAUGCGCCAUUCUACCGCUUAGGACAUGGCAUUAAUGCUGGGUUUCUAGCUAUGGGAACUGUCUUGAGCUUUUCGUUAUGGUGGCAUUAUACGAGAUUGAACAGGAAGCUGGUGGGUACCAGCGAGCCCAGAUGGGUCGCAUAG